CUCUUUGUUUAUAUUCAUUGUUUGUUUUGCUCUGACCGGAUGUAAACAUUUCAGUUUGAGGAUGUGCUCGUGCUCUCAUUUUGAAGGGUUGAAGCGGAAGUGUUGUAUCUUAUUGUGGAGGUGUUGACGGCGGCGUGGCUUCCGGAGGAGACUGAGAGCAUCAGGGACCUGCCACAGCUGGACCGACACAUCUGGACCGGACCUGCGACCUGAGACCGGAGAGAGACAGGUGGACUCGGUCAGGUGGACUCGGUCGGACCUGUCUCUCUCGCCCCGCCCCCCCCCCCCGGUCUGUCUCUCCUCCAGGCCGGCGCGGGGUUCCGGGCCGUGACUCCAUCAUGGGGGACGGCGCGGCGGAGGGGACCCGGGUCAUCUACCACCUGGAGGACCAGGAGACCCCCUACCUGAUCCGGAUCAACGUGCCUGCGGAGCGCGUCACCCUCGCGGACUUCAAACUGGUCCUGAACAAACCCGGCCUCAAAUUCUUCUUCAAGUCCGUGGACGACGACUUCGGGGUGGUGAAGGAGGAGAUCAGUGACGAUGACGCGAGGUUGCCCUGUGUGAAUGGACGAGUCGUCUGCUGGGUGGUGUCCUCAGACACCUGUCAGUCAGACAUCCUUUCAGUGUCCACGCCCACCAGCCUGGCCCCACCCCCCACAGAGAGGACAGGAGGGAUUGGAGACUCCAGACCUCCAUCCUUCCAUGCUGCAGCCGUCAGCCACGAUCACCUGCAGGGGUCAGAGGUCACACCUGUCACUUCACCACCUGGGAGGAGAGAGAGGGACGCCAAUGACGGAGGUGGGCGUCUGAACAGCCACGCCCACCGAGCAGCUGGUCAGAACGGGGCGGGGCCAACAGGUGGAGGUGACAGCUCGUCAACCCAACAGAGCAGCGAGUUAGAGACGACCAGUUUCUGCUCAUCAGAGGAAGACUCAGGAGGAAGGUUCAGCCAAUCAACAGGACAGAGCAGUUCCUCACCACGACUCGUCAGGCGUCAACGACGCCGCCACCGGAAACCCAAAGGGCCACGAAUGGAGCGGUCUGUGUCUUUCAGCAGUGUCACUGACUCCACCAUGUCGCUCAACAUCAUCACUGUCACUCUCAACAUGGAGAGGUAUAACUUCCUGGGGAUCAGUAUUGUGGGCCAGAGUAACGACAGAGGAGACGGAGGGAUUUAUAUCGGCUCCAUCAUGAAGGGAGGAGCGGUGGCAGCAGAUGGACGCAUCGAGCCCGGAGACAUGUUACUGCAGGUGAACGACAUCAACUUUGAAAACAUGAGUAACGACGAUGCUGUUCGAGUCCUGAGAGAGAUCGUCCACAAACCAGGUCCGGUGACAUUGACGGUGGCGAAGUGUUGGGAUCCAAACCCACGAGGCUGCUUCACAUUGCCAAGAAGUGAACCGGUCCGUCCCAUCGACCCUGCUGCCUGGGUGUCUCACACCGCCGCCAUGACAGGGAGGCUCCUCCCACACUAUGGCGUCCAUGAAGAAAACCACCUCACCAUCCACAGCGACAUCACAGCUGUUGUCAAGGCGAUGGCCAAUCCUGAGUCAGGCCUGGAGGUUCGGGACAGGAUGUGGCUGAAGAUCACCAUCCCCAAUGCCUUCAUUGGUUCAGACGUGGUGGACUGGCUACACCAUAAUGUUGAAGGUUUCACCGAUCGCCGUGAAGCCAGGAAGUACGCAGGAAACCUGCUAAAGGCCGGAUACAUCCGACACACUGUCAACAAGGUCACCUUCUCCGAACAGUGCUACUACGUGUUCGGAGACCUCUGUGGGGAUCUGGGUGUGAUGUCUCUGCUGGAUCAUGAAGGAGCCUCCAGUCGAGGAGAAGGAGGAUUGGACUGUGACCCGGCGUCAGGCGUCCAGUGGCCCCCGGCCUUCCCCUACCAGUACCCCAUCCCUCACCCCUAUAGUUCUCCUCACCCCCUUCACCAGCUGCCGGCCUGGACAGGAGAAGGAGGAGUAGGAGGAGGGAGUCAGCACAGUGAAGGAAGUCACAGCAGUGGAUCGAAUUGUAGCAACGGUCUGAAGGAGGGAGGAGGAGGAGGCAGCCAAUCAGAGCCCACCAAACACCUGGCGUCUCCCGGCGACGACAGCACCCAGCAACCCCUGACAUCCCUCUCUGGUCUCCAUGGUGACAAAGACUCAAAGGACCCCCCACUGGCUCCUUCACCAUCUUCAGGUCAAGGUCGAGACCUCUCCUCUGUCCCACCUGAUAUCUCUGCCUCCAGACGGUCCUUCUGCCUGGCCAUGGGAAACCCCAGUGAUUUCUUUGUGGAUGUGAUGUGACCCAUCAGGGUGGUGAUGAUGUCACGACAGGUGAUGUCAGAAACAACCUGAUGUUGAAUCUGAGGCGAUUUGAUUUGAACUUGUUCAGGAAAGUUUCGUUUUCUUUUCAGUAGAAAUUAAAACGUGAGAAGUUGA